UAUUAUUAUUCGGUCAGCUCGUGUAACCACGCUUCACGAGGAUCUCGAACGGCCACGAGAGCCUCGUGUCGGAAACAAGGCCCGCAUCGAGCGGAUAAUGAGUCCAUUAUUCGCCGUGGAGGACUCACCGCGUCCGAUCGACAUAACCACGUAAAAGGAAGGCUUUAAUGCAACACAAGGACGAGCAUGAUUUUGGCUGGAUCAGACCAUUUUCUGGCGGUACCUGUGGAAGCGACUGCAUUUCUGGGUGCCGUUGCUGGCUUCGUGGUCCUGCUCUUGGCUUUAUUUCUAUACCUGUCCCGUAAGUGGUGUUUCACACCGCCGUCCACGACCACCCUCUUCGGCGGCGUAUGCGUGCCCCUAUGCGAGUCAAACAACAGUUCCACAUCUCAGAUCACUAAAAAUAUAGGAAAGGCGUUUUCCUAUUCGGAUCCAGAGACUAGCUCCGACUCGGAGGAAGAUGCUCUUCGCCGAUUGAAUCCGAGACCCCUUCCGCCGCCGGAUACUCUGACUAUUCAAGCCGAAGAUGGUCCUACUAUUGUUGACGCUGGCACCACCUCCAGCAGCUGCACGGAAGAACACACCCCCACCGAUCAACAACAGUGCGUAGUGGACGUGGGAGCCUCCAGUAUCCUGCUCGACGCCAGGGAACAAGAGGUGGAGGUCGAGCAAAAUGGUCCUACGACUAACGACGUCAUCACGACGAUGGGCACGGUCGUCGAGGAGGUUGGCAGCCUCGAGGUUGCGUUCCUGUACGACGCGCCGAUGCGCGAGAUGACGGUACACGUGCUCCAAGGUCGGAAUUAUCCGGAAGGUAUCGGUGGCAGUCAAGUGCGGCUGGUGUUACUACCGUCGAAGAAGCAACGACGCAAGACCCGCGUACGACAAGGCACAUCCCCUCAGUACAUGGAAAGUUUCUUGCUUCCUCGAGUGAAUCCGGAGGAUGUAAACGCGAUGGGUGUACGACUGCGAGUCUACUUCUGGGGCGGCAGAAUGCGUCGCGAGAGACUCCUCGGCGAAGCCAGGGUUUCCUUUGAUCAGAUCAAUCUUCAGCUCGAGACGACUCUUUGGUUAACGCUUCAACCGCCGCCUUCUUCCUCGGUGCAGGACUGGGGGACAACUGGUAGUUUGACUCGUAGCGACUCGACGGGAUCUCAGCAGUCGGUUCAGUCGUACGCCUCACCCACCGUACCGCCUUACGGUAGCAGCAUGAAAGGCGGCAGCGUGGCGGAGAUUCUGAUAUGCUUGUCGUAUAACGGGACAACGGGACGUUUAUCGGUGGAGAUAAUCAAAGGGUCGCAUUUCCGGGGCGGUGGUGGCAACGAUACGAAACCACCGGACACGUACGUGAAGCUGGCCCUCGUAGACAGUAACGAUCAUGAGAUCCAACGUUCGAAAACGGGCCUGAAACGUGCCCAACCGAAUCCUCUUUACAAGGAAACGUUUGUAUUCCAGGUCGCUCUGUUCCAACUCGGUGACGUGACGCUCUUCUUGUCGGUGUACAAUCGACGAAGGGGAAGCAUGGGGAGGAAAGGAAGGGAGAUGAUCGGUUGGCUGAGUCUAGGACUGAAUAGCUCCGGCCCGGAGGAGUUGCAGCAUUGGAAUGACAUGCGUGCCGCAAGCCAGCCGACGCAGGUUCAACGCUGGCACUCGUUACUGCGCCCUUGAAGCGUUCCGGCUAGACAGAGUUCCUGUUCACGGGCAAACAUUUUACGUUAAGGACAAACGGUAUGCAUCUCGAUCGACGUGUUGACACGUUGCGGAUCGCGGUCGCUGAACCACGCACCAAAACCAGACCGACCGUUUCACAGCGAGACCGGUACACAAAGGCUAGGGAAAUUCCUUUUCGCGAGACGAACGAUGCCCGUCUCGACCGGAUACGUUCGACCCCCGCCCCUGUCUACUGCCCCGAAGUCAAUAUCGUCGAUCCGUCGAUCCUGCGAGCCAGAGCUAUGAUCAUCAAUUUUACGCAUUCGGUAACUCUGAGUUACAGAAACUCUCUAUCGAUGUACCAAGUACAUUAGCCCUUUUUGAUACGCCGGACGGAGUUGCGGGUGUUUUCAGCGUACGAUACUACGUAUGUAUAUCAAUUGACACAACGCACGCGGUAUCAUCCGACAAUGCACACGCACAUUGACACGUUCACACGCUCGUACACGCGGAUAGACUCGAGGCCUCUACGCGUUAUGAUGUGUGUCGCAGGUGCAUGCGUCGGUACCUAGGUCUCAUGAUACACGUUUCAAUGUGUGUGGAUCAGGAAUCAGAAGCCUAGGCUGUUUCCUUUUAGUUUUUAAUUUCUUUUUCUCUUCUGCAAUCAUCGUAGAUCCUGUUGUUCAAACUGACACCGGGGUCGGAAGAGAAGACAUUUCGAUACGCACGGAGGCGAACCGAAGCGAUCCAGGUUUCACGAAACUUGGCGUCGAUGCAUAUUUCGACGACACGCGCCACAAUGUGUGGGGGCCUGUAAAAGAACUACAUCACACGCACACGUAUACAUCGACAUACGAAAAGAGAAGGUGUUUUCGUUUACCUCGAUCGCCAUUCGGCAAGAACGGAUAUGAUGAUCCAUCGGUCGCCAGCUGAUCUUUCAAUGGUAGCUUUUCUAACGCGUUGUCCAUCGGCAACCCGCCACGUUACCGCGCCGUUCAAUUUGCUAGAAUUUCCCUGGAGGAAUCGAUUGCGAAUAUUGUUCAACCCAUUAGCUGCCAGUCAUGAAUAUUCCCGUGAUUAGGGAUGCGUUUAGCCAACACGAGUGUCUUCGUUGUAUUUUAACAUGAAUUGAAAAUACAAAUGGAAUCACAUAUUUAAAGGAUGGCAACGAAUGCGUUAAAAUAAGAUUUGCCAUUGUUCUGGAAGAGUAAGUGAACGUAUUAACAGAAAGAAAAAAGGUGAUCAAGGUAAACGAAACUGCUUCGUACAUGUAUAGUACGUUAUUAACGCGCGGAUAAGCAUUUUCGUCGGUGCCGAAUCCGAUAGCGUGCCGGCAGUCGCUAGGUCGCGAGGAGAAGUCAGGAAUAACGAAAACUCUUCGACUCGAUAUGUGCCUGAGCAUACGUUGACCGUUUAUCUUUUACUUUGUGCCUUUCACCAUUUUUUAGGCCGCGUGUCCGUCGAUGGAGAAUCGUCGUGGGAUACCAAGCCGGGUCGAGGGUUCGCUAUGCAAAACGCAAAUCCCACGUUCACUUAAGCCUCUCCCUGUAUAUCUAUCCGUCUCUCGGCUCCGCGACAAUUUCCAACGGACGGUUUUAAAACGUGCUAGUUCACGCGAGGUCCGUUGCACCGACGAAUAAACUCGACGCGUCGACGGCGGCUCGGCGUGUACAACUGGGAGAUGACUUGACGCUUAGCGGAACGGCACAGUAGCGAGAGGUGUCUUUCUCGCAGCUUUAUGAAGUAUUCACUUUUAGGUUACUCAUAAAAAAUGUCCGAAUGAAAUGAACAAAUUUAAUUUUUAAGAAUUCUAUGAAUAUUCAAAAAUUGUUUAUCAGUUUCCAUUGGUUACCUGUAACCGUAUUGGAGAAUAGUAAAUUAGCGAUUGGAAGUAUCAGGAAUUAGCAGAUGAAUGAAUAUGAAACUAGGUAAAAAGAAAUGGAAAGUGAUCGAUCAGCUGAAUUCCUUGGACUAUCUAUCAAGUGAUCUCCUAGCAGUAUAUGCAUGGUUCGAGAAUGGAUUGACAUAGCGAGAACACGGCGAGUCGAUCCGUUUAAACGAACGGCGAGCAGCGGGCAGUUCGAAGAGGAACGCGAGGCUGUGAAAUUCUUGUAUACUUUCUUUCGUUUCUCGUUGACACGCUCGUCUCUUGUUCCCCCGCGUCCGGUUCCGCGUCGUGAAUCAAACGGGAACGGGUUUCCUUCAACGGUUUGCUUUGGUAAAGUGUUAACGCUGGGACUAUCUAGCAGCCAGGUCGACUUCUUUUAACGUUCGCGUAGAAACUGCAAGAGCAUGUUUGUCGAGGAUCGAUCGACUCAUACUUCAGAGUAGCUGUUGGCAGAUCGAUUGACUCGAUAAUUACUUAGAACGGUAUCUGUACUUUUUUAAUAAACGUAGAACGGAAAAUCUGAAACGGGUCGUUUCGACUGGUGGUUCCAGUGUUAAAUAAGUAUGUUUAAAAAGGCAAGGGUACGUUUACAGCGGAGCUGCAACGAUAACCAAGCGAGGAAAUGAUUUUUAUUCUUAAUGAAUCGAGUUGUGUACUCGAGUAUUUUAAGUAUGUACUUAAUUUUGUUUCAAACGAACUCGUUUACGUUGAACCGAUGUAUCGAGUUACGUUCACUUAACUGUUAACUACUCGUCUUACGAUAUCGCGUCGAACUCGUGAAGAGUUCAAGCAGAAUUUAACGUACGUAAAUAUCACUCGGUUCUUGGAAAUGCAAAUGAAAUAUUCCCCUGUUACCAUUACACAUUGGAACAAACGUGAACAUAGAACAUGCCGAGACAUUUUUCUUGCUUCUCGAUAACUUGCCGAUGACAACGUAAUUGGAUGGAUCACAAUUGAGAAAGAAAUAGUAAGGUAAGGGGUUAAUCGAUCAAUGAUUCAUGCCUCGUGAACUGACACUCUCCCACCCGCCGUCGCAGCUCCGCUAGAAACCUGCCUUUAGGUAUCGCGAGUGCUAAUAUUCUCAGCGACACCUGUGAAAUCUGAACGCGCCAAUUUGUGCGCAUUUACUUAGUGUGUAUAUGUGUGUGCGCGCACGCGCGUGUGUGUGUAUGUGUGCAUGAAUGCAUGAUGCGUGAAUAUACGAGAACGAGAAGAAAGAAUAACAGGCGACUCGAUAAGAGGGCAUUCGAGGGGUCAACCGGUUGGCCAGUCGGAGGAUGGACACACCGACGAGGACAGAGACUCACAAUUUCAAAUGACGCACAAUAAACUCGCAAAAAGCGCACCCCGUAAACGCAUAUGUGAUCGUAGAGUUGAUAUUACUUUAAAAAUAAAAGUUAGCGGCAUACAACCACACGAGUAUCGCGUGAAUAACGAUAUAGACGUAGAUGAAAUCCGUAAGUAAACGAUCCACGCGUUUGUACACAUGUAUAUUAGAAGGGAGAUCGGUUCAACUGAGAGCGACGACGGGCGACUGAUUUAAUGGAUAAAAAAACGAAAAGAAAGACGAAAAAUGGAAAACAAGAAAAACAGAAUUAAACAGAUGCUGUGAAUCGUUCAACGCUUGACUUUUUCAAGCUUUAGUGUUUUAGGUACAAUGUUUAACGAGGUUUUGCAAAGUGCUCGUAAGCACGCGUGAAGUUUUCUCCUAAUUGCGCGCGGCUUGUUCUUUUCGCGGUGCAUCGUUCGUAGAACGGAUGUUGUUCUCGGCGUCAUCGAAAUUCCUGCAAUUCGUAGCCAAAACAAUCAAUGGCCAGAUCGUUUAUGCAGCUUAUCGUUAGACCGAUUUUCAAUGUUUCAAACGCGAGAGACCAUGGCGGAGAGAUGUGGCGUGCGAUCGCAUUGUUCGCGUCUACAUACUAAAUACUUUGAUAACAACCCUUUGAAAGCGUAGCGCGACUCUAGCUAGCGUUCUUUAGGAUACUUUUCACUUUUGAGUCCUGGCGACGUAAAUUGUACAUUGUACAGUCUGUUUAUAAGCAUCACGAUAUCGUAUCGCCCCUGGCGAGAAAGGGAGAGAAAUGUUUCAUCGAAACAUCCAUACGGACGGAUCAUGGAGUGUUUCCAAUAAUGUCAGGAGAAAAUAUCGAGUGCGCUUUUAAUUUUACGUGCACGAACUAUUAAGGCAUUGGGUGGAACGGAAAGUUUUGAUGGUAAACUUAAGGAACAAUCGUUCGUUUAGAAAAGAUCAUUUGUUUCUCAACCUGAACUAUGUGUUCCUUAAUUUCCUAAUCUCUCGAAUAUAUGGAAACAAGAGAUACUUGAGGGAGAACGAAAAGAUUCCUUGAUGAAGUAUCAUCAAUUUAUAAGAACUUUUCAGAUAGAACUUUCUGUUCGAUCCAAUAACGGCGAAUGCCCUUGUUCGUUCGGAAAAUGCGGAACAAGCAAGUUCGAACGGUGAUCUAAAGCAACCGAGGAAUUUGUCAACGUGAAUCUUCAACGUUUUCUGCCAGGGGUAACGUAGAUUGCUGAAAGACGUUUGCGACGCGUGUAUUUAAAUACUUAGCUAACGAGUAAUGUAUUUUCAGGGUAAUGUCUAAGCCUUUCGCCAGUUGUUUCCAAUUCGUUGUAACAUGGCCACGAUAGACUUCAUUUAAUCUCAAAUGAGAAUAGUUGGGCACUGCGUUAACAGGGGAAAAAGUGAACGAGAGAAACUCGGUUGAAAACGCUUGAAACAUUGGUCACACGGCGGGAACGUAUGAACAAUGUUUAUAAACCUUCGUUAUUUAAGUAUCAUUAUCGACAAUAUAUAAAUGUACACUCCAAUGGACAUACUAAUUGACAUGGUUACAUUUCAAUUUUGCCGCUUCGAGUGUCAAGUACUUUUAAAUUGUCGAUAAGAAAGGGCGAGAAAGAAUUUCUAUUUAAAACAAUUACGAGUAACAAUCGCGAGGAUUAUAAACAGACUAUCAUUGAAUUUUUAUCUAUAUAUUUUAUCUACAGCACUCUCACUCUCUCUCCCAUCCCUCACCCUUUAUCUUUCUCUCCCCCUUCCCUUCAGCCCCUUUUUCUCGAUAAGUAUUAAAAUCGGAGUUUGAACGUCUACUGCACAAAAUAAUUACCUUAAUCAAUGUUAUUAAUUAUAAAUUAAUAAUAAUAAUAAUAAUAACAACAACAACAACAACAAUUAUUAUUAUUAUAUUUGUCGCGUUUUAUAAAAGUGUACUCUAAUACAAUUAAACGAAUAAACUUACAAAAUAGUUGUUAUUGAACACAUACGGAGAGAUAAUAAAACCUGUCAAAGUACAUAUUUCUCUAACAGCUCUUGCUUCUUUCUUGCGAGUAACGCUUCCUGAAUAUCUUGUUGCGACGGUAUCGCUCUUUGCGCCGUGAUUUCUACCUCUUCGUCGUCCUGUGUUUCCUUCCUUUCAUUUUGCGCCGACCAUUCCUGCAUAGCUCUCUCUCUGGCCUCUUGUUCCGCUUUCUGUUCCAAUGGUAACAAUAUGCCGUCAUCGUCGUCUCUGUAACCAUAAUAAUC